AUGCAAGCCGGGGCAAGUGUGCCAAUGCCCGUGCUUUGUAGAUGCUAUGUGUGUGCCCGAGCUGGCUGGCCCAUCUGUUUCUCUGUCCUCCUGUCUAUCUGUAUGUCUGUCCAUUUGUCUGUAUGUCUGUAUGGAUGUCUGCUUGCCAGGCUAUACUCAGGUUAUCGAGGUGCCCUAAAAGAGGAGACUGGCAGAACACCUCUUUCCCCUGUCUCCUUGCUCGCUUGUCUCCCGCUCACCCUCCAUUCUCCGGUACUUCCAGCCCCCUUUGGAUGCUGCCCUCCGUUUUCCCUCAGUUGUAGACGAGGCUGUUUCUUGGUUGGCCAAUCCUUUGAUCGUAUCAACACGACGAGGGCAUUUUUACCGGGCUCGAUCACUGGCAUUGGAGAAUCCUGCCUUGUACAUACACGUAUGUACGGUCUUCUGCCUCCUGUACAUGCAGCCCGUCAAAGAUCACAAUUGCCACGGCCUCGGCCAGAGUUCGUCCAGCCUCACGAGCAGUCACGAGCAAUCUUCCGAAUCGUCUGCCUCGAUCGCGAGCAUUGCAAUCGACGACGACUUCUGGCACAGACUCCCUCUGAGCCUCAUCUCUAG